AUGAGUCAAACAUAACAAUUAUAAGAUUAGAUUCGAAAUCUAAAAGACUAAGUUCUUUUACUUUAAUCAGAAUUAGCUUAGUAUACUCUUUUAUAUUCAUUAUUUACAGAUCUAAACAAGAUGCUUAAGACAAUGAAGAAUACAAUUAAAGUGAAAUUUAUGAAAGAGAUCAAACAAUAUCAUAACUUAAAUAAUAAAUCUCAUCACUUAAAAAUGGUUUCUCAGAGUCUGAUUCUAUGAAGUAACAAAACUAUUUUCUAUUAAAAAUUAGAUUGAUUUGUAAAUUAUAGGAUGAAUUAAAGUAAUUGAAAUAAUUAAAUGAAGAAUUAGAAAUGGAAAAAGAAAUCAAUUAAAAUGAUUCAAAAGAUUUGUUAAAUUAAUCAACAAAUCAGCUAAUUUCAACUCAAGAGUAAUAGUUUUAAUUAUAAUAGAAAUUAAAUUAAUACUCUAAAAACAUAAUUAAUAAAUGAGUAAUAACAUACACUCAAAUUAAAAUAAGAGAUUAAUACUUUAUAAAUUUAAAUAAAAAAUACCCUUGACUAAAAUUAAUCAGAUAAAGUUCCUAAAAUAACAGAAGAACAAUUUUCAUAAUUGAAGUAAACUAAUUUUAUUUAAAAUAUAGAGAUUAAAUUGAAAUCCAAAAACAGAAAAUUAACAAAUUAGAAGAUGAAAAUUAAAAAUUGAUAACACUUUAAACUGAUAAUUCAAAUUAUGCUUAAAUUUUUAAAUUAGAAUAAUAAUUAUCUACUCAAACUAAUUAAAUUACUCAAUUUGAAAAAUUAAAGUAAUAUAUUCAUUCAAAUCUAGAAAAUAAUAUGAAGAAUUAAAAGAAUAAACACAAUUAUAAGAAGAUUUUGAAGAAAAAAUAAAAGAUUUAGAAGACAACAAUAAUUUACUUAAAAAAAAAAAUAAAUAAUAAUAAGAAGAAAUCCAACAAUAAAAAGAUGAAAUUUAAAGUUUAAAAUUAAAACCCUCUAAUGUUGUUGUAAAUUCAUCAGAUAAUGAAGAGAUUUUAAGAGAAAAUGAAUAGCUAAAGUAAUUUUCAACCUAUAUAAUUUUUAGGUAAUAUAUAAAUGAAUUAGUAGAACUUAACAAAUAAUUGAAACAUGAAAAUCAUUUAAAUUCUGAAGAAAAUAAGUAAAUAUUACAUAUUAUUUUCUAAAAGAAACCUUAAAGAAUAAUAUGACUAAAUUGUUACUGAAUCUGCUCAAUUGCUAGAUGAUAAUCAGUAAUCAUAAUUUAAUACUUAGAUUUGAGAUUGAUUAGUUAAAAGAAUAGUUGAAGGAUCAAGAAAUUUUAAUACAGUUAGAAUAAGCUCAAGAAAUUUAUAAGUAAAAAAUUUAGGUAUUAGAGAAAGAAAAAAAUGAAUUACAAGAAGCAUUAAAUUAAGAAAAGUAUUAAUAAAAAAGAUUUUAUUAUCAUAGAUAAAAAUAUGAAACCGCAAUCAAUUAAGUUAAAGAUUUAUUAUAGAGAUAAGAAUAGGAUCAAAAAAAUUUAAAUAAAUAUGUAUAAAAUGAGCAGGAUUUGAGAGAUCAAAUUUAAUCACUCAACGCAUAAAUAGAAUAAUAAAGUAGUUUUAAUGAGAAUAAUACUUAAGAGUUAUGUAAUGAAAACUCUUUAUUAAAACAAUAAAUUAAUUAAUUAUAGUAAUGAUUAUUAUUAUAGCCUAGGACAGUUAAUCAAACGGAUGCCUUUUAAAAAAAUGAGGAAUUUAUUAAAAUUAAAUAAUAAUUGUAAGAAUGGGAAACUCUGACUUCACUUGUCUCUGGAAAUCUUAAUGCUAUUAAUUCUAAAGAUGUAAAAGUUUAGCAAUUAAGUAUUAAAUUUUCUAUAUUAGUUAACUGUUUUUUAUAAUAUUAAGAGACAAGUUUGUCCUAAUAAAAUCAAAUUGAAAACAUAUAAAAUGAUCUAAAGCAAUAAAAAUUAGAAUUGAAUAAAUUGAAUUCAGAAAAAAUAAAUUUAGAAGAAUAGUUGAUUAUAUAGAAACAAUAAGAAGAACAAUUAAAAUAAAAAACUGUAAGAUAAUCAAUUUAAAACAAUUAACUUCAAAGUAGCGAUGAUUUAAAGUAAUUCAAUUUAAAAGUUAAGAAUAUAGUAUGAAAUCUUGCAGUCAAAGUAUGAUAGUUUGCUUCUAAUGUAAUAGAAAUAAGAAUAAAGUGAAAAAAAAUAAAUUAUAGAGAAAGAAUAGAUUUUUUAAUUAGAACUUGAAAAUACUUCUCUCAAAGAACAACUAUAAUAAAUUACUUCUUAAAAAGAAAAAAAUAAAAGCAAACCAGAAUCUUUAGAAUAAAAUAUAUUAAAUAUUAAUGACAACAUUAUAGAAGAUUUGAAUAAGAAAAUAUAGGAUUUAAAUUUGAUUAUUUAAUUAUAGUAAUAAAAAAUAAAGGAAUAAGAUUAAUAGUUAAAAACUCAAUAAUUUAUUCAAGUAGAUUAGUAAGAAGAUUGCGAAUAGUUAGAAACGUUAGAAGAAGAGAAUCAUAUACCCUUAAUUCGAUAAUUUGAUGAAUCAGAAUAUACUGAAUAGAUAUAGUUAAAAGAAUAAAAUGAAUUGCUUUAGAAAUAAAUUAAUGAAUUAAAAUAAUAAUAGAGUACUAUAUUUGAUUAAAUUUAGAUAGCAGUGAAUUUAAAUAAUUAUAAACCUAAAAUGAAUUGUUAAAAUAAGAAUUACAAUAAUACAAGUAAAAUUUAUAAUCAAAUACUCUUAUUGAAAGUCAAUUUUAAUAAUAUAGUCCAUUGAAUAUUCUUAAAGUGCAAUCAUUUUUAAAACAAAAGGAUUACAAAAAACCAAAAGAUAAAAUUAAAAAAUAAUAACUAAUUUUAGAAAAUGAGAGCAAUCCUAUUUUUAAAAAGAGAGAAAUAAUCAUGUAAAAAAUAAUAUUUGAAUAAAAUUAAAAGAUUAAUAAAAUAACAGAUAAUUAUGAUUAAUUAAUGAUAUUAUUAAAAAAUAUCAUUUUAGAUAUAAAAUAGAAGUAAAAUCAACUCAAAGUUGAGGAAUUAACAAAAAAGUCAUAAGUUUUGUAAUAUUUAAGCAAAUUAAGAUAAUAGACAGAAAUAAUACUUAACAAAUUAGUUUUAGUCUAAAGUAAAAAUGAAAUCUACAAAUAAUAAUACUAAUAAUAGCAAUAAUAAAUUUAAGAGACUGAAGAACUUAUUUGA